GUGGAUGUUGGAAAAGGGUAUGGCUGUUGAAAAUGUGCAGUAGUUUGAGUGUUUUUAAAUUUGCCAGGAAAGGUAUAAUGAAGCCCAGCAUGUGCAAGCUGAGCCUUAAUAAGAGCAGGUGAAAACUGAAGAAGAAAUGUUUAAAUGCAAUUAGUGCAAUUAGCCUUUGGGAAGCGAUGGAUGCCUUGCCAUUUUAAGUCUUUGCAUCAAACAAGGUGUUUCUUCCCACAAGACACCCUGCACUGGCCAGGAGCCCUGGGUGUCACCAUGGGAGGGUCUGCGGCUUGUGCUAGGAUGGAGGGGAGCACAACGCUCAGCCCCAGCCCUACGGCCAGCGAGGUGCGGAGCCGUGGGGCUGAGCCCAGAGCCUGGGUGUCAGUGCAUCUGCCCGGCCGCAGAUGUUAUCCCUGUUAUAAGCUUAAACAAAUGGCUUCAGAGCAGCACCUUUAGCUACAUAAGGCAAUUCCUGAGGAAGGAAACAGCUGGAUAUUUUUAAUAGGAAAAGCUUUAAAUAGGAAAACUUUCUAUUGUGUCGGUGGGGGUGGUGCCUGUGAAGCUGAUGGGUUACGCUGGUGGAGAUGUGGGACUGCAGAGAGCAUCAGCUACAAAACAGGCUGGCCUGGAGAUCUUCAGGUUUUCCUGGACGUAACUAGUCAAGUGGUGCCAGCAGAUAACACCUGGGGGGUACGUGCCUGUGACUUCUCUGAGGGGUUUCUGCAACGGCCUCCCACGCUGGGGGUGCAGCUCCACUGCCUGCUCCCCGGCCGUCCCUUAUCUCCCCAUGCAGACCUGUGCCCUGACCUCAUGCAAAACCAAGCCCUGCGCCUGGGCCGUGGAUAAAGAGCUGGCCAGGUGAUGGGACCCUCGUCUUCUGGCCUUGCUCCUCACACGGCACAGCUCGCUCUGGCGGCUGGACUCGUUCGCAAGCGCUCAGCCAAGACUAUGUACCAGCAUUUCCUCUUCCUUUUCUUCUUCUCCUUCCAUCUCCAUAAAUGCCAAGAUCAAAUCCUGGGUGAAGAUCCAUAUGAAAUGCCCAAAGACUACCAGGAGGUCUACAGAGGGACAAAAAAUGACAUCAAAGAGAUCCCAAAGAUUGCAAAGCCCUUCAUUUCUGAGAUGAUCUUUGUGCAAACCAGCAUCACUGCUAUAAGGAAAGGUGCCUUCGGGUACAUGCCCAACCUGAUCAAGAUUUUGUUUAUUGGCAACAAGAUCAAGACAGUUGAACCUGGAGCCUUUGAUAAUUUGGUCAAGCUGAGGGACUUGGAGAUCUCUGGUGCCUUGUUGGAAGAACUAGCUGUGGGCACUUUCCAAAACCUCCCAAGCUUGCAGAGGCUGGAGCUGAGAGACAGCCACCUCAGAUACAUCCCCAAAGGCCUGUUUGAUGGGCUGGAAAAUUUGGGAGAGCUCUCCCUGCACAUCAAUGCAAUCUCUUCUCUUCCAGAAGGCAUUUUUGAUUCUCUCGUCAAUCUAACAUUUUUGGACCUUGCUAGAAACAGGAUCACAACUCUUCCUGGGGAUGCCUUUAGCAAACUCCCUCAGCUGCAAGUCCUCCGGCUGUAUGAGAAUGAGUUGCAGGACCUCCCAGAGGGGCUGCUAGACAGUCAGUCGGGACUGCUGGAGCUCAGCCUCCAGAGGAACAGGCUCAGGGCACUGCCAUCCAUGUUUCUGAGGAGGCUGCCUCACCUGGAGAAGCUCCUCUUGGACAACAACUUCAUCGAGGUUCUCCCACCUCAGGGCUUUUUUGGUUUAAACAAAUUGAAGCUGCUGACUCUGAGUUCAAACCACAUUACGGAGCUCCCCUGCUGCCUUUUUGACACCAUGCCACACCUGCAGGAGCUGGACCUGGGCAGGAACAGUUUGGCCACACUUCCAGACAGCAUCUUUGUCAACCUGACGUCUCUUGGCAAACUCAUCUUGUCCCACAACCAGCUAGCAGCCCUGCCAAGAGGAGCCUUCACUGGGCUCAGCAAGCUGUUGGACCUCCAGCUGGACACAAAUCAGCUCUCUGCUCUGGAUGAUGAGGUCUUUGCUUCUCUCCCAAAUCUGAAAACCCUCAACCUUCGGAAGAAUCAGCUGGAGAGCGUGCCCCGAGGGCUUCUGGACCCCCUGAAGAAGCUCAGCUCAGUGUAUCUGAGUGGAAACCCAUGGAGAUGUGACUGCAACCUCUGCUACCUGCACAGCUGGAUCCUAGGCAACAGUGAGAAGGUCAAAUUUUCCACCCAAGUAUCAUGCAAGAGUCCACCCCACCUGGCAGGGCGAGCAGUGACAUCACUGAGGGAUGACCACUUAACUUGCCAAGCUACUCUGCCUCUUUCAGCUUCUUUUACCCCAUCUCUGCCAUUCACCUCCACAUCAUCACAGGGGAUAUCAAUGUUGCUGUCACCUGGAGCCUUGCCCACUGCAGUGCCAACCACGUUGUCAUUGGCAGCCUUUCCCAUCAUGGCACUGCCAACCAUGCUGUCACCUGUGGCCACCUCUGCCAUGAUGCCAACGGAGGCCGCCUUCACCACUCCAUCACCAACUGUGCUGCUGAAGGCCUUCAUUGCCACCCCAUCAUCAACUGUGCUGCCCAAGACCUCCAUCACCACGCCAUCAUCAACUAUGCUGCCCAAGACGUCCAUCACCAUGACAACAUCAACCAUGCUGCCAAAGGCCUCCAUCACCACCCCAUCAUCAUCUGUGCUGCCUGAGACCUCCAUCACCACCCUAUCACCAGUUGUGCCACCUGAGGCCUCCAUCACCACCCCAUCACCAACUGUGCUGCCAGAGACCUCCAUCAACACACCAUCAUCAACCAUGCUGCCAAAGGCCUCCAUCACCACCCCAUCACCAACUGUGUUGCCAGAGACCUCCAUCAAUACACCAUCACCAACUGUGCUGCCCAAGGCUUCCGUCACCACCCCAUCACCCGCUGUGCCACAGGAGGCCUUCGGCCUGUGUGUAACUCCAGCCGUCAUAAGCCUACAGCCUCCUGGGGCCCCCAGCCCAGAGCCUGCACUGUCCACUCUAGCUUCUGCCACCACAUCAGUGCCAACCAUCCCGCUGGCAGCCACCACCAGACAAGUGUCUCCUGCUCUUCUGGUGCCCAUGGAGAGGCCAGCCACCAUCCAGUGGGGGACAUCCAGCAUCUCCCUUGUCUCGGCCCCCCCUGAGGCACUCUGGCCACCCCCCAGGGCUGCUGUGCCGGGCAUGGUCCUUCUGGCCUCACGCUCCCCGUCCCACCGUGCUCCUGCGCCAGGCGGGGAGCAGGGCCGUGCCACCGCAUGGGGCUUGUCCACGGUUGGCACCCAGCCCGCUCCCACUGCCCCCCAACGCGCUCUCACCCCUGCAGGCACCGUCCUGCUCCCGACACCUCCUGUCCCCCCGCCGCCAGACCAUACGAGCCCCUGGCCGGCCUCCCCGCCCCUGGCCCCCAGCGGCCAUCACACCUGGGGCUUCGCCCUGCGGUCCAGCCCAUGGCACUGCCGGGUGUCCCUGGCCCUGGGCCUGGCUGCGCUGGCGCUGCAGGCAGGCUGCACGCUGCUAUGGGGGACACUCGUCCUUCUCCUGCACCAAGCCACCCGCCGCCGGGGCCACCCCCUGCCACCGGUGAGGCUGCUGCGUCUCCAAGCCCUGGCUGCCCCGGGGCCCCCCGAGCAAGCCCGGGCACCGCUUUGAGCUUCGCUGCCCC